AUGGACCCCUCUGCCGACGGCUUCGAUGACCUGCUCCGCGAACUGGAGAUGAACUCCGGAACGCCAGCGGCCCCUGGCGCCACCCAGCCAAAUGAUGACGGCGCUGUGUUGGAUCUCUUUGCGCAAUUGGAUGCCGCGCCGGGCGGCCAGCUUAUUGUCCCGCCGGCCCUGGUCGGACAGGCCAGCAGCUCGGUCCUUUCGGCCGGGCCGCAGCCCAGCGGCUCGGUCCUUUCGGCCGGGCCGCAGCCCGGUUCUCCAGGCGACCAGGCCGAGGAUGACGACGAGGAGGAAGAUGAAGACCCGGAGUUGGCGCGCGAGCUCGAGCGCAUGAUCGAGCAGCAGCGCCAGGCGGCCGCCGCCGGCGCCACCGAUGCGGAAUCGGCUGACGCCGUCGCCGCCGUCGAUGCGACUGCCCCUGCUGCGAAUGUGGCUGGUCUUGCACGUGCGGCCGCCGAGGACGCGCCCGGCGGCGCCAUUCCCUCCGAGGAGCCUGCCACUUCCGGGCCCAAUGGCCCUGGCGAUGGCGACGAUGAGGCGGCCGCGGCCAACUGGCUUGGCCAGCACCAGCUGGACUCGGAGCUGGAUGCGCGGAUGCGUGCCGCCGCUGAGGCAGCCCUGGCCGCGGUGCAGGCGUCAAUGGCCCCAGCGGAGGAUGCUUUCGUCGCGCCGGCGGCGCCGGGCGGCCUGGCCGCCCCCCAGGCCCCGGCCCCGGGUCCCAGCCCGGCCGAAGUGGCGGCCCCGCCACCGGACAAGGCAAAGCGCUCGCGGCCGAAUGACCAGCAGCCGGCGCAAAAGCGCGAGCGCGUGCUCUACGUCAGCGGGCUGCCGCCAGAUGUGUCGCUGGUCGAGGUGGCUGACACCUUCUCCCGGUAUGGGAUUCUGGAUGUGGAUGCGGAGGAAAUCGCCGCCCACAUCCGGCGUGUGGCCACCGGCGGGAUUUACGACUCCGACGACGAGGAGGACACCCAGGACCCGAGCGACCCGUCGCGGUAUUGGGAGCUGUCGCGCGGGCCGCGGCCGCUGGUGCGCUUCUACCGCGAUGAGGCCGGCCAGCUGAAGGGCGAUGGAACGGUGGCCUACUUCCGGCCGGAGUCCGUGCCGCUGGCCAUCGACAUGCUCGAUGGGUUUCCCCUUCGGCCGGAUCGCCCGCCGGGGCAGAACUUCCCGCUGAGCGUGCGCCGGGCGGUCUUCUCCCCCCAGUCGGGGGACAAGUCGCGUGAGCCUGCGGCCAAGCGCUCGCGGCAGCAGGCCUCCCGGCCAGCCGGGGCCGAUGCGCCCGAACUGUCGGCCAAGGAACAGGAGAAGGCCCGGCGUGAGGAGCUCAAGCGGCGCAUGAUGACCCGGGCCAAGUACGAGUUUUUGGAAGGCCGUCUGAACUGGGACUCAGAGCGCGAUGCCGCGGCUCGGGCCAAUGCCGACUGUCGGCUUGUGUAUUUGGAGAACAUGUUCACCAAGCAGGAAAUCGAGGAGGACGUCGGCCUCCUGGUGGACCUGAAGGAGGACAUUCUCGAGGAGUGCGAGACCUUCGGUGUUGUCACCUCGAUCACCAUCUACGAUCUCCACCCGAAGGGCGCCUGCACGAUCCGCUUCGAGCAGCCGGAAUCCGCGGCCGAGUGUGGCGCCUGCACGAUCCGCUUCGAGCAGCCGGAAUCCGCGGCCGAGUGUGUGCGCGCACUGAAUGGCCGCUUUUUCGGCGGACGCACCGUCAAGGCGGUCCUCUUCAAUGGGCGCCUCCGCCGGCUGGCCAAGUACCGCAGUGCCGCGGACCAGGACCCCGCGCCAGAGGAGCCCGAGACUGGCGGCGGGCCCGGCUCAUCGCUGGCGGAUCCCUUCGGCGGGUCGGACGACUCUGACGAUGAGGAUUACGCCCGGCACAUGGCGGCGGUCAUGGCAAGCAGCCGGAAUGGUCCCGGCCGCGAUCGGUCGACCGGCCACCGCCGGCAGGAGGACGAGGACGACGAUUUCGAUGACUUCUACCUGAACUUCGGCAAGAAUCAGGCGGUGGAUGAUUACGCCCGGCACAUGGCGGCGGUCAUGGCAAGCAGCCGGAAUGGUCCCGGCCGCGAUCGGUCGACCGGCCACCGCCGGCAGGAGGACGAGGACGACGAUUUCGAUGACUUCUACCUGAACUUCGGCAAGAAUCAGGCGGUGGAUGUGUCAGAUGAUUAG